UUUGAAAAGAAUCUGGUAAAAGUAGUUACUGCACAAAUAUGUAAUAUAAAUUCUAAAGCUCCAGGGUUUUCUGGUAACUGCACAGCUGCUUUAGAGGACAAGCUAAGCAUAAAAGGUAGUAGUUUAAUAUAUCCAAUCUAUUUGGUCACUCUACUUGUAUCUACUUAUUAACUUCAAAACCGUUGCCAUUGAUAGGGGUUAAACAGUGUUACAUGAGAUUCUUAAUGCAUCUUGAAUCUUCCAACUUGAUUCAAAUUAGUUUAGUUUUAGUGGUAUCCCUAAGGGGCAGUUUCUUAUGUCAUUUUUGGCCAACAGCUGCUGACAAGUCUCAACACUACAUCAUAUGCAGAUACUCUGUCCUGCACCCUCCCUCCACUUAAGUUCCUCCACCAGCUUCCUAAUGACUAAUCGUGUAUCUAACACGUCCAGAAGCCUCCACUAAUCCCACUUUCAAGUAUCGAGGCAGCAUUAAAACUUAUACUCACAAAGGAGACAUGGUGUUACAAGUAUGAGCAACUUUGGGUACCAUAAACAGCUUGGCAAGUAUGAGGACAUCGAUGUAGAUUAACUUCUGGCCUCCCUGACUAAUAAGGAAAUCCAAGAUCUGGAAAAGGUUAUGGCUGAAAUUGAACCCGAUAUGAACAUACCCACUAGGCUAAGGCUAGAGGACCAGAUGGCUAAGCAGCCAACAGGCACUUUUAGCCGAGAGGCUCUGCUGAAGUACUGGGAGCUCUUUUUGGACAGCAUGGGUGAGUGCCAGACAGAUAAGAGUGAAGAGGAAUGUGGCAGUGAAGAGCCUGAGGAUAAUGAAGAGGAGGGAAGCAACAAAACUGGGGGCUCUGAACGAGGUGAUGGGGAGAAAGAAGCAAGGUCAAGCAAUUCUAAUUUUGUGAGCUUGUCCAGAUUAGAUUGCAAGAGGACCAACCCCACUGACGUUGUUAAGAUCUUGGAAAACAUCUUGAGUAACAACAACUCUUUGAGUGAAGUCAACCUAAACAACAUUGAGAACAUAUCCCAAGAGGUUUUGGUGAGAUUUACUGAUGCAUUUAUUAGCAACACUGACGUUGAGGUUUUCAGCCUUGCCAACACCCACGCAGAUGAUAAAGUAGAUUAUGUUGAUUCCAACUUCAUUUCAGGCAAAGCUAUUCUGGCUUUGAUUGGGUCACUUCACUACAACACAACACUAGUGGAGCUCUGAUUCCACAACCAGAGGCACAUCUGUGAAAACACCAUCAUAGAAAUGGUGAAAUUGCUAAUGGACAACACCACCCUGUUGAAACUGGGUUACCACUUUCACUUACCUGGUACAAGGAUGAGCGCAACUGGUAUUUUAACCCCCAACCAGGACUGCCAGAGGCUAAUGCGGCUGCAACAAAGGAAAGAACAAGAUGAUCUAGAAAGAAGUGAGGAGCAAUCUAAGACAUGUGACACUGUGGAAAAUACGAAGUCCCUUCAGUUCCAGAUUUCAACAGAAAAAGAUGCUACACAAGGGAAGCAGCCAUUGGUCUGUUCUCAUUUACUAAAACAUCCUCAGAGUCAACCAAAUGUUGUGAACAAUGUUCCAUAAAAAAAAAAAAAGAAAGAAAUCGUCAGGCAACAAGAAGAAACAGCAAUAGAAUGUUUUGAGGCUAAUGCAAAUAAAGGACACAAACUCAAGGGACAAACAUACCAUAACAUUUUUCAAAAUUAAAAACCAGUACCUUUGAGAAGAGAAGAUAAAAGAAAGAGUCUGGGAGGCACCAAGGGGUCAAAGUGUGAUGAUCUACAGGCAGCUAUUUGUAGAAGCAGCAUUGGUACACUACGAAGGGCAAGACAUUUAGAAUUUGUCCAAGGCAAAGUACCUAACAAAUUUGUAAUUCACUCAAACAAUAUUACUGUACAAGACAGCAACUUCUGAACCAGGGGUUUGAAAAACACCAACCCUGCCAAAUCAGGUCUCCUGGAAAUCGAUUAGAGACUUUAAGCAAUAAUUACCUUUUUAUACCAAGAACCAAAUUAUUCAUUCAGUGGUUGUUUUGAUAGAGAACACUGAAGUUACCAUGAAAUCAUUAUCCAGUGGAAAACGCAUAAAUUCUAGUUCAAAUUAAAUAGAUGGUAAGUUGAGUUUUGACGCACUAACAAUGAUGUCGCUAAGUUGUACUUGCCAAGAGUGAAAACAUGCUCUUAUUUGAGGGCUUCAAAAAGCAUUCAAAAUUUCAAGUUCUCAAUAGAAGUAAAUACAAAUUUUAAAGGGAUAGAUGAUGCAAAAUAUUUUUUUUUUACUCAAGCUCAUGCCGUUUCAUACCUGACAUGCAUACAACUAUGUGGGUGGACAUUCCUGUUUUGAUCUUGAGACAUUAGUAUCCUUUGUGGCUUUUACUUAAUGCUUCUGCCAUGCAUACUACAUACAAUAAACAGUAUAUGUGGCAGUUUUAACAUUACAUUGACUAGCGUUACCUUCUUUUUUUUUGCAGGUCAUUAAUAACCAUCGUUCCUGAUGUAUAAAACGGCUCAUAUAUAAUGAAAUUGUAAAACAAACAACAGAAAUUAAAACUUUUGGUUCCCUUAUCUGGCAUUGAAUCUGAAAUACAUUAUUUAUACACAUAUUCAAACACAAGUGCUUUUGUA